GUAGCGGCCAUGAAAACAAAUGUCGCCACUGUAGCAUGGUAUACAGUGUAGUUUGUGACUGGCUGACAUGCGAUCUCGCGCUACGCUCAACAACGUGUCCUGCGCACAUAGACGAUGGUACCAGAAUCCAUUGUUCAAGCGCUAUUGGCACCACUACCAGCACACGAUCAACUGGUUUCAAGAUCACCAGCAACUUUUACGUGACCUAACCGCACAAAGCGCAGCGAUGCACAUGUCUCAAACGGGGCCAGAUGGUGACUUUGAGAUGCCGGUUACUGAAGAGCUGAUUGCUUUCUUUGAGCACAGUGCGCGGCAUCGUAAGAGCCUUGGUAACUCCGGGGGCGCGCAGGAGUAUCAGUGGCAGCAGGCAGCAACGCCAGCCUCCUAUCGGCGCCAGCUGCACUAUCUCUAUGGGCCAGCUGCCGCAGCUUCAGUGCGAGGCAUGGAGACGGCCGUGCAGCUUUCCUUUGAACACUUUACUGACAGCCAGCAGCCGAAACCUUGGCCCAACAUCCCACUCAAGCUUUGAUGACAGUGCAAUAAAAGUGACAAACACAAGUGCAGACCACCAACACAGGAUUUAUUCAAAAGAUGCGAUGCAUGAGAAUUUGUUUUAAAAUUGCCUUAGAAUAUGACCAGAACAAAGCGAA